GAGCUUCCCAGCUCUCUGCCUGCACAAAGGCCCCAGGCAUGGGGACCAGGGGAUGGACCCUUUCUACCUUCGUGGGAUGUUGCAUAUGGAUUCUGCAUGGGCUCAGGGCUGCCACUGCUGUCCCUGUCACCACCGAGGGGCCGCUUGCCCCAGGGACAUCUAUUCCCAUCGCAGCAGAGACAGAGAGGCCCUAUACCCAGGUGAUGGGCACUGCUGAGACAAAUAUCAUGACAGCUGAUGCUGAGAUGGUCAAGAGCAUCCUCACAAGGAACCCAGAGAUUCCAUCCUUCCCUCCUGGGGAUGAGCUGGGCACUUUGGUGACAGCAGCAAGUGACAAUGGCUCUACAAUACCAACUAUGACAAAUGUGACCAAGCCUCUUAAUGCAUCUCAGGAUACCGAGAGGGGUUCUGCUGUGCUCACUACAGCCACGACUGCUGCCACAUUCACUGCACAGCACCCUGCUGUCACCCCAGACACAGAACUUGACAUCAUGGAGGCCACUACUGAUGCACCCCUGGGAGCCACCCCUCUUUUUGCAAAUGUGGAGUAUAUCUCUGAGGCAGUGACCAGAGGAGGAGCACAAGACCUAGAUCUAGACCCCACUGCCAGUGCUAUGCCCUUCCUCACCAUCCCUUCAUCAGUCAGUGCCAGCUCCUUGAGCUCCAGUCAAGAGGGCAGGUUGGUUAGUGGGGCUGUGGGCAUCACCCCAGAGCCAGCAGGGGAAAUAGCUACAGCUGCUGAAGAAAGUCCCUCAGCUUCAGUGCCUGGAGAUGCAGGAGAUGCAGUGGACGGUGCAUCCAGCACAUCAGACUCAUCCCACCCGUCACCGGAGAGUGUGACAGCAUUGGGAAGAGUGGGAAACCCAGGGGAGGCAUCCUUCCUACCUGGCCAGGCAACACUGAGCCUGACUGCUCCACUGACACCGGCCAGCAGUGGUGAUGGGGUUGGGCAGAGAGCUCCUGCUGUGUCAUUGAACACUCCUGGUUCAGCCCUAUUGCUUGCAGACACUGAAGCACCCACAGUGACAGGGGACAUGACCACGUUACUACCUCCCAGGGUUGCCAUUGGUGUGCAGAGUGACACAGAUUCCCCAGCCCCGGCCACUGGAGAGCAGACACCACCACUUACUGCUGACCUGCAAUCCCCCAUGGACACCUCCAGCAUUUCUGGGGCUGCUUACCCACCUCUGGGGGCUGGGACCAGCACCCUGCCUGCAGCUGACAAUGGGGCAGAGAUGCCAGUGAGCCCUGGCUUUGGUACUGCACAAGAAGCACCCUUGUCUCCAUCCCUUGGAGCAUCCCAGUCAUGGGGGACAGAAACUGGUGCUUCUCAGGGAGCUGAUGAACCUGGUGAUGGCUUGAAUUCAGCUUUGGGUGCCCUCAACCCAACAUCUUCCAUACCUGAUGGACUGUCAUGGCCCACUGCUGGGGUCUCGGCUCAAGAGGGUGAAGGUGCAGGGGACAUGGCACAGGCAGAAAGUCCUAGGGAUAGCAGUCCCUCUGAAGAUACCCAUAGUGAUGUGGAUCCUUCAGGCUUCAACACUCAGAAGGAUUCUGCCAGCACUGGAGAGCUGCCAUCUGGAGAAACAGGGGAGGUGACAAAUGCAGAACUGUCCCCUCUACCACCUCUUGGGGAUGAAGCAGGAGCAGCCCCAGCACUGGGACAAAUGUCUCCACCCGAUUCUGCACCUACUGGCAGUGCUGGGCUGGAGUCUGACCUCUUGGGGGCUGAAGGAUCAGGGAACCUUCCUGGUGAAUCUCCCAUCACUCUUGGGGCUCCUUACUCACCCCCAGGGUCUGCAGCCAGCCCCGUGUCUGCGGCAGAGCCACCAGUGAGCCCUGACCUCGGUGCUGCCCAGGGAGCAGCUGUGUCUCCAUCCCUUGAGAGCUCACAGCCACAGGGAACAGCAGCUGGUGCUGCCCAGGGAGCAGGUCUCCCUGGAGCUGAUGGACCAGGCACUGGCUUGACUUCAGAAUGGGAUGCCUCCAGCUCAACAUCUUCUGGACUGGUAGGACCUCCAUCACCUGCCCUUGGGCCACAGCUUGGAACAAGCCUGGGUCUGUCAAGAGAAGAGGGCCUUGGAGCUGGCACAACAGAGCAGGCACCGGGAGAAGGAGGCAGUGAGACAGGGUUUGAGCCAUCCCUGGGCUCUGCUGCUGGCAGCAGGAUGGCAGCUGGGAUGGAUCAACUAUCUGGUGCAGGUUCCUUGUCUGGUCCUGCCUCUCCCAGUGAUCUUGUUGCAGAACCUUCUGUUUCAAGAGGUUAUGAAGAAGGACCCAUGCCAGCCACAGGCCCUGGCCUUGACAGCCUCUCUGUGUCCCCUCUGGACAGUGAAACUGUCCCAGUCCUUGCUCCAGCACAGGAGACUGAUAGCACAGGGGAUGCAGUACCAUCAGAAAACACAGAGGUAGAAACUCCCUACGUAGAGACAGGUCCUUCAGGCUUCAGCACUCAGAAGGAUUCUGCCAACACUGGAGAACUGCCAUCUGGAGAAACAGGGGAGGUGACAAAUGCAGAACUGUCCCCUCUACCACCUCUUGGGGAUGAAGCAGGAGCAGCCCCAGCACUGGGACAAAUAUCCCCACCUGAUUCUGCACCUACUGGCAGUGCUGGGCUGGAGUCUGACCUCUUGGGGGCUGAAGGACCAGGGAACCUUCCUGGUGAAUCCCUCAUCACCCCUGGGGCUGCUUACCCACCCUCAGGCUCUGCAGCUGAUGUCGGUGCUGCCCAGGGAGCAGCUGUGUCUCCAUCCCUUGAGGGCUCACAGCCACAGGGAACAGCAGCUGGUGCUGCCCAGGGAGCAGGUCUCCCUGGAGCUGAUGGACCAGGCACUGGCUUGACUUCAGAAUGGGAUGCCUCCAGCUCAACAUCUUCUGGACUGGUAGGACCUCCAUCACCUGCCCUUGGGCCACAGCUUGGAACAAGCCUGGAGCUGCCAGCAGCUGAAGGAUAUGGAGCUGGCACAACAGAGCAGGCACCGGGAGAAGGAGGCAGUGAGACAGGGUUUGAGCCAUCCCUGGGCUCUGCUGCUGGCAGCGGGAUGGCAGCUGGGAUGGAUCAACUGUCUGGUGCAGGUUCCUUGUCUGGUCUUGCCUCUCCCAGUGAUCUGGUCGCAGCACCCUCUGUUUCAGAUUCAGCCAGCCCAAGUGCCCUUGGAGGAGCAGGCAGUGCUACUGGAGCUCCACAGCCUUUCCUGGGUGCUGGGCUUGGGGUCCCUCCUGCUGUAGAAAAAGGGGCAGGUGAAGUGGCUGGUAAUGGAGGGUCUCUGGAGCAGUCCCAGGUCCCUGCUGGAGGGGAACCUCUUCGUUCAGGAGCCCCUGCUGGAGCCAUGUUGCAGUCUGCAUCUUCUUCCACAUCUCUGGAAGGAUCUUCAUUGCUUGGGAUGGCUGGUGAGACUGUCAAUGGAGCAAGCCUUCCAGGAGCUGGUGGGACUGGCAGUGGCUUGAGCACAGGCUUGGAGGCUGCUGGCCCUAAGGAAUUCCCUGCGUCCACCUCUGGCAUCCAGAGUGGUGCUGACCUUGGACUUUCUGGUGCAAAACUGAACCAAGUCAAUGUGGUGGAGCUGCCUGAAGGAGCCUUGGUGAAUGGAGGACCUUCCCCUGUUGCCAAACUGGGAGAGGGAACAGGACCCAUUGUACAGAUUGCAUCAGGAUCACUGGCCCCAUCUGUCCCUUCCUCCCCCAAAGGAACACAGCCCCUGGUCCCAGUGGCUCCAGGUGGCAGUGGUGUCUCCAGUGGCACAGCCACCUCGAUGGCUGCUCCUCUACUUCCUCCUGAGCAUGAGCUGAGCUCAGGACUGGCACCCAGUGGAGACACCAACUCUACCCCUGGCACCCAGAGUGGGGGCAGACCCCUGGUGCCAGGGGCACAGGGUGGGCUGGCAGGAGAGGCUGGAGUUGUUCAGACGUGGUCUCUUGAAGAUGAGGAGGAUUCAGGGAUGGCGUCAACUUUGGAAGAAGCAUCCCCCCGUGCCCCUGCAUCCCCCACCGCUGCCCUGGCACUGCCUUCUGCUCCACAGAGAGAAAACACUGCAGAAGGGACAUCUGCCAUCCCUGGGCUUUCUGCUCCACUUUUGGGACUUCCAGCUGUGCCCCUCUACAGUUACGGAGCGAGAGAAAAUGACCAGGAGUAUGUGGAAAGGAGGGUGGAUUUCAGCUCUCCACUUUUCAAGCCUGAGACUGGAUUCCCAUUUGGGAAAACCCUGCGUGACUCUCUCUACUUUACAGACAAUGGACAAAUAAUUUUCCCAUCCUCGGACAACAAUGUCUUCACAUACCCCAACCCUCCUUCCCGAGGAUUCAAUGGCCAUGAAGAGGUUCCCAUGAUUGCUGUGUUUUGGGACAAUGCCGACUUCUCCAGAGGUGUCGGCACCACCUAUUUCCAGGAGUUCCUCACCCUUGACACAGCCAAACCUCCAUUUGUCCGGGAUGUGGAAGCGAAGAUUCGUCGGUACCUGAGGUCCUCCUACUCUGCAGCCUGGACCCUGAAGAUCACCUGGGAGAAGGCACCUGCCUACACUGCACGGACUGACACCCGGAGGACAAACACAUACCAGGCUGUCCUGACCACUGAUGGCUUCAGGUCCUAUGUCCUUAUGCUGUACCAGGAGGGAGGCAUGGGAUGGGAUUACACCAGGCUGGCUGCCACCAACGUGCUUAUCGGCUACACCAGUGGGGAUGGUUCUUACCGCAACGAUGACCUGACUCGAAGACCUCCAGCAGAGAAAUAUCGCCCUGACCAGUUCAGGGGCUACAACUCAGACCUCCGUGGGCUGUGGAUUUACAAGCUGGAGAGCCGUGUGGGUGUUAACUACCGGAUGAAGUGCCUGGCAUGGACCGGGCAGCAGCAAGAGCCACAGAUGUGGAGCCAAGAUCUGCCUGCCUGCCCCUGCUCCUUGCAGCAAGGGCAGCAGGACCCACGCUUCAAGAGCAGCCGCAGAGGCUGGUGGACUGCCCGUAUUUCCAUGCUGCACUCCUCCUCUCCCAACCAGCACGGCGCUGGAGUCCGCUGCCUGUACGACAGCCAGAGCCAGCUCAUCGAGGGGAGGCAGGAGAGGUACUGGAGGUCCUCCAGGCAGGCAUCCCCAUACCGUGACCAGGAGCUGAAGUUGUACGACUGGUGCUGUAACCAGGCAGGCAGUGCCCACCUCUGCACCCGCUACAACAAGAAGAGACCCAAGAUUGGCUGUGAUGGAUACCAAUCACCCAGCACAGCAGGUUCCUCAGAGGAGGUAGAUAGUGACUUGGAGGAGCAGAGAGAUGGAGAGGAUGAGUAACUGGGAUGUUGCACAUCUACAGCGCUGUCCAGGCCAUGGCUGAUCCUCUGAGUCCUUUGCUCCUGCUCAGCUGCUGUGUGUCGUUGCUCCCCCCAGCACCCAUCACCCCUGCCCAUCUUGCAGGGCAGCUCACAUGUUUCUAGCCCAGAUUUGUACCAAGAAGUCAGUUGCUUUAGUUGCCCUUCCACAGCUGCUGCUGAGUGGGUGCCUGUGGGCACCUUCUUGCUGGUGGGCAGAUGGGCAGGUAUGCCCCACGGUGUCCACCACCUCCUGUCCUCUGCCUCCUGCUGUGCCUCGCUCAGUGCAGAAUGAGGAUGGCCCCCUGGCACCUAGGGAACAGGCUUUUGCACCUUGUGAGGGUCAACUGCGGCCAAGCCCCCGUGUGCCACAAUGCAUCAGGAUCACCCUGUGAGCUGGUCCUGUCUUGUCCCUAGAUGUCCCUCCCUGGGCAAUCCUCAAGCCUUGUGCCCAGGAUUCUCAAGAUAGAGUGUGCCUGAUGCCUUUGUUGGGUGUGUAAGGGCAAAAUUCAACCCCAAAAUCAGAAAAGCUAGGACAAAAAUAAUUUUUUUGUGCACAAAAGAGCAUCUGCCUUUCUUAAAAACAAAACAAAACAAAACAAAACAAAACAAUGAGCCUUGUAAAAUCUUGUUCGUUCAAUAAAACCUCCAAGGGGUAUGAG